CCCACUCACUGCUCACUGCAGAUCCACAGAGUAGACUACUGGCAUUGAGGAGUUAGACCCAAACUUUCCCCCCAAGAGAAUUUUACAUUAAAAUCCGUGUUUUUUUUCUCGUCUGUGCAGAUUUUCAGUUUUGUUCUCUUCUCAGAGGUUUUCCGCUUUUGUUCUAUUUUUAAUUGUGCGGUUUUUUUUACUUUAUCCAUGUUGAAAUGGAAUAUGAGGAGUUCCCCAGAGAGCAGCUAUCAAGGUUUUGAGUUUUUACACAGCCGCUGUGACUGCUCCUCCCGUGGAUGAAGAUGGACCCUCCCGCCCUGUGCGUCCUCCAGACUCUGCUGGUGCUGAUGAUCUUGCCCCCCGUUGCCUCUCUGCCCUGUCCCCGGCCUUGCUCCUGCCCACAGCCCACUGAGCUCCACUGCACCUUCCGCUCCCUCCUCACCAUCCCAGUUGCUGUAUCCAAACACGUGGAACGCAUGAACCUGGGGUUCAAUAGCAUUAAUAAGAUCACAGAUAGAUCGCUGGCUGGCCUGAGGAAGUUGGAGCUUCUGAUGGUCCAUGGGAAUGACAUCCACAGUCUACCAGAUGGAGUCUUCAGAGACCUUAAUUCACUACAGAUGUUGAAAAUUAGCUACAACAAGCUGAAGGAGAUCAACAGACACACCCUUCAAGGUCUAUGGGCCUUGGCCAGGUUACAUCUGGACCACAACCGGCUAGAGUUCAUCCACCCAGAUGCCUUCCAGGGCCUCACCUCUCUGCGACUGCUGCAGCUGGAAGGCAACAGGCUUCAGCAGCUGCACCCAGCCACCUUCACCACCUUCACUCUAAUGGACUACUUCCAUGUCUCCACUCUGAGGCACCUCUACCUGUCAGACAAUGGGUUGAGAUCACUGCCUUCCAGGCUGGUGGCCACCAUGCCUCAGCUGGAGAACCUGUACCUCCAUGGGAACCCUUGGACAUGUGACUGCAACAUGAAGUGGCUCCAUGAAUGGGAUAAAACCUCACCAGGUGUCUUGAAAUGUAAAAAGGACAGGGCCCUUCCCGGUGGCCAGCUGUGUCCUAUGUGCUCCUCUCCUAGGCACCUUCAGAGGAAAGAGGUCCAAGCCAUGGAGAACCUGUCCUGCAGCAGCCCCGUCAUCAGCUCUCCUCACAGGACUUCCGCACCUGAUGAUGUUGAGAGUGAGGUCAUGACUAUGGAGGAAUUCAGUGAAACAUUUGGAAACGUCUCCCUGGGCUUGUCAGAUGAACACGGGAAUGAGGUGGAUCUAGAGUGUAGCAUUGGCGAGCCGAGAGAGCUUACCAAGAUCAAUGGGGAGCAGGUCAACCAGGUCCAACUGGCCUCCAACAUCACCUUUUCAGUGGAUCUUGAAUGCCCUGUUGAUAGAGAAAAGUAUGAGCGACUGUGGAGGCUAAUCGCAUACUACAGCAAUGUGCCAGCCCAUUUACAAAGGGGGGUUAUGCUCAGUAAAGAGCCUCAUCCAACCUAUGUGUAUAGGCAGGACCCCGAGAAGGAUGCCCUGUACUACACAGGAGUUAAAGUUAAUAUGAUGGCCCAGCCGGAAUGGCUGAUGCAGACAUCUGCAGACCUUCAGCUGAACAGACUUCAAUCAUCAGCCAAGGUGGUAAAAUUGAUCCUGAGCACAGACUUCUCGGAGACAGUGGAGGCAGAGCUGGUGCGAAGACAGAGGAGGACGUGGGUCAUGAUCGAGUCAACAAACACAACCCGCAAAGUGUUGAGUGCUAUCCUGGGAAGCCCGAGUCAAAUGUACUGUAACGUGCACAGUUCUGGCCAACCAGUCAUCCACUGGAUGCUGCCAGAUGGCUCAAAGGUGGAGGCACCGUACAGCAGUCCAGACAACAGGGUGUCUGUGUCCAGUGAAGGACGGCUGGUCAUUAAAGCUGUCAGCCACUCAGACUCAGGAAUUUACUACUGCAUUGCUAAGGUUCAUGGAGACCUUGCUGUCCUACCAUUCCAUCUGACAGUGCAGGAAUCCUCUAGCCCUCCCCCAGGGGAGGAUGCCUCAAUUACACCUAUCGAGGGAUUUGCAGGGAGCCCCAUUUCCCUGCCUUGCACGUCAUCUGGUUCUCCUGAUGCAGAAAUUAACUGGAUUCUACCAAGCAGCAACAUAGUUAGUCUCCAAGCCAACUCCUCUAGAGCUUUGGUCUUUUCCAACGGCACUCUACACAUUCCACAGACUCAGUUAUUAGACAGUGGUUAUUAUAAAUGCAUUGCCAUAAAUCAACAUGGUGUGGAUACACUGGCUACAAAAAUCACUCUUGUCAGGCGCAAAGGGCUGAUAAGGCCUUUGAGAAAGUUUCCACUAAGACCUCAGUCAGCCUCAGGGGUCAACACUCAGAUUAAGGUCCCGACAGAGGAUACAGAGGAGGCAUCAGGGGACACUGAGGUUACUCAGGUGGGGGCUCCAAUAAGUCGUGUGGAUCCUGUGAGGAGGAGAAUUCCAGGAGGUGUGGCCACAGGCAGGAGGGGCAUCCAUCCAUUGAGGAGGAGGCCACUAAUGCGAAAACCAACAGGAUCACGUAUUGAAGACAGGAAGAAUGUAGUUGAGAACAGGAGGAAGAUUAACACGACAAAGAGUAAAAUAGACCCAGAGAAAUGGGCGGAUAUUUUGGCAAAGAUAAGGGAUAGAAAUUCUCAGAAUACUGUGACACCACUCCCAGUUCAGCAUACAACAGAGAGUAAAAUGACAGAGCAGACAACACAGUCAGAAGAAACUACUGAGGGAUCAUCUGAUGGCGUGACUGAGCAGGAAAAAGAGAGCCAGGAUUUCUUCACAACACUACACACUCCAGUGCAACAUACAAAAAUGAAAACUAAUAAACACAAUACACAAGGUCAAGGCGCACAUGUGACAUCUAAUAGCUACACUGCUGAUGAUACACAUGAUAUGACAUUAAACAGUCAGCACACACACAGCAUACAUGCUACAGAACCACACACAACACAGACUACAUAUAAUGUGCAACACAAAACCCCUGAUAUGAACUUGGAUCUACACACAACUUCAAACAGUGUGUUUUUCCUCCCACAGACCACAUCUGUUCCCCUACACGCUGUCACUUUCUGGCAGGCUAACACAAACAUUGCAAGCAGCAGCAGUACAUUGUCUCUACAAGAGAACCAUAGCACAAAUACAGAUGUUGAUGGAGUCAAAACAGCUGAUUGGUCCAAGGCAUCGGAGAGGAGCGAGAAUAUGGAUAAACCAAAUGUUGUUGCCAGCUCUAAUAAUGACAGAGAACUCCUUUCAAGUGGAAGUCAAAUUAUCCCGUCGGUCAACCCAAAUGAAUCAGCAACAAGCCAAGAGGAAAAUGGAAAAUAUCUCAGUGAGACUGUAACAACCUCACAGCCGCAUACUCAGCCAAAGGACACAGCACUUGAUAAUUCACAAUCUCGAGCAAUGCUCACAACAGCAUCUCCAGCAACUACACUUGUACCCACGACUUCAAGGAGGUGGGGGUCUGAAGGACAAUCGCCCCUACGACAACCUAACUCUAGGAGAAGGAAUGGGGGUCGUCGGAGAAAGCCAAACAGAAGGAAACAAAAGCUGAAUAAACCCACCCAGUUUAUUGCCACCACACCUGCAAAUGCUCCCCUAGCAACAGUCAGGACCACCGCCUCCAAACAGCUAAAAAUAGAAGCAUUAGAAGUUACAACAGCCAAUUUCAAUACCACUGUUCCAUUCAGCGGCAGCCAAGCAGCGUCAUCAGGCAGACUGAGUCAUGAAGAAAGCACAGACUCAGGGCAUGGCGCCGAGGCAGCCACCAAACUCUCUUCAAUACCAGCUUCUCCCCCCGAAACAAACGACAGCCUUCUACUGCUGGCCAAACCACUAUUCAAAAGUACAUCAGUGGCACCAUCAUUUCCAACAACCUCUCCAGGAGUGGGUCACGGAAAGACGAGUUCUCAAACAGUCUUGGGAAUCUCAGAGAGUGCAUCUCCUGCAGUACGCUUGGAUAUGUUCACAUCAACCACUCAGCAGAUGUUUAUAGAGAGCCCUCUUCCACCUGUUAAACCCUUAGAGGAGACACAAAGGGUAAGCGUUACGGGACACCUUGGACCUGUGCUUCACUCUGACAAUUCCUCUGGGAGUUUUCACACUAUAACACAAGUGCAAACAGAUGUUGGGCAGAAUCAAUCAGACCAUCAAUACACACCCAUGGAAAAGGAUGGAAAGAUGAAUUUGAAAGAAACUGACAUGCAUUUUUCACUGCUGCCAUCCCCAUCUGCCUCAGCUGCUUCCUCGAUCGAGCAUGAAAUCAAGGCAACCUCUGGAUACAUGACAAGUGGCUUAGUUACAACUCCGAGCAUGCUUGAGGGUGAAGUGGACACAGAACAGGUAACCACAAAGACACCUACAGUCCCUGAAAGAUCUUAUCAUAGUUUUAGUCAAAAUAAAAUCCAGAGCAGUGAGUCAGAGGUAGAUAAGCAUCUUGAAGAAACUGCACACGUAGGAAUUAAUGUUGAUGCUCUUAUAACAAUACAUCCUUCUGCUACGUGGUUGAGGCCUGAUGUUGUGAUCCCAUCCAGAGUGGCACCGCAUGUCACUUUAUUACCUGAAACUUCUUCUACAGGACCCAUAAUGGGCCCUUCACUAAGAGCCACCACUCAGGAGGCUCCCAGGAUCAGCAACAUUCCAGACAACAACAGUCAAGACCAAGAAAUCCAAUCCAUCACCACAACAGAGCCUCAGAGAACAUUAGACUACCAUCCUGCAACGCAGUCAAUUAACCACAAACUGGAUUUGUUUAUUAGUAUAAACCCAACCUCCCCAGCCCUAAAAUUGACCAGCAGACAGACAUUCAAGCAGACGACCAUCCCUGCCCCAACAAUUGCUACUGUCCAAACUGAUCCCUUCAGAGAGGGACUGCUAACAAGCACUCAUGACGUGUCCAGAAAGCACCAGCUACCUGGACAAGGAUCUAUUCCAAGAGGGAAGCCAAGGAUAACUAAGAGCAAUUUCCAGACUUUAACUGUUAAAGCUGAAACAGAUGCUCAGCUUCCCUGUGAGGCUGAGGGUGAGCCAAUGCCCUUCCUGUCAUGGACUAAAGUUGCAAGUGGGACGAGUAUUGCUCAGAACACCAGGAUCCAGAGGUUUGAGGUCCAUCAAAAUGGUACAUUAAUCAUCAGGAACACACAUCCCAUGGAUGGGGGCCAGUACCUGUGCACUAUCCAGAACCAGUAUGGCACAGACAAAAUGGUGAUCAACCUUGUGGUCCUGUCUCAGCAUCCGCGGGUACUCCAGCCUCGGCACAGAGACAUCACUACGCAUCUAGGCGGCAAUGUAGAUUUAGAGUGUAAAGUGGAGGGGCACCCUACGCCUCGAGUCACAUGGGUACUCCCUAACCAUGUCCACAUGGCUGUUGUCCCACUUGGUGUUGCCCCUCGGCAGCGUGUGGCCAUAUUGACUAAUGGAACCCUCCGGAUCAGCCAGGUCACUUACACAGAUAGAGGGAUUUACAAGUGCAUUGGCAGCAGCACGGCCGGAGCCGACACAGUCUCAGUCCGCCUUUAUGUCUCCGCUUUGCCACCCAUGAUUCAGCAGACACAACAUGAGAACAUCACCCUCCCAGAGGGCAGCAACGCCUACAUUCACUGUACUGCCACAGGUGCCCCUCAGCCUGUCAUCCGCUGGAUCACACCUGAUGGUGUGCAGCUCACUGCUUCCCAGUUUGUUAAUGGACGCAACCUCAUCGUCUUCCCAAAUGGGACCCUCUAUAUACGGGGACUGGGCCUUGGAAAUGCUGGGAGAUAUCAGUGCUCUGCCAGUAACACAGUGGCUUCCAGCAGGAGAACAGUAAUCUUGAGCAUAAGAAGGAAUCUGUCCUUAGCCAAGGCCAGUAUCACAUCAUCAUCCCCAGAGAGAACAGAUGUGAUCUAUGGGGGGAGACUGCUGCUCAACUGUGUGGCAAAAGGAGAGCCAGAGCCCCGGAUCAUCUGGAGGACACCCUCUAAGAAGCUGGUGGAUGCUCAGUACAGUUAUGACCCCAGGAUCAACGUGUUCCCGAACGGCACUAUAACCAUUCAUUCUGUGACUGACAAAGACAGUGGUGACUAUCUGUGUGUGGCACGUAACAAGAUGGGUGAUGACUACGUUUUGCUGCGGGUUAACGUGCUGACCAGGCCGGCUAAAAUCAAACAGAAGCAGCAGCAAUCCAGUCAGGAGGUGGUGUACGGUGGAGACCUGAAGGUGGACUGCGUGGCUUCUGGUCUCCCCAACCCCGAGAUCAGCUGGGCACUCCCGGAUGGGACCAUGGUCAACCCGGUCAAACAAAGAGAUGGUGUAAGCGGAGGGCGCAGUCGCAGGUAUGUGGUGUUUGACAAUGGGACACUAUACUUCAAUGAUGUCGGCAUGCCAGAGGAAGGUGACUACACUUGCUAUGCUGAGAACCAACUUGGCAAAGAUGAGAUGAAGGUUAGAGUCAAAGUCAAGGUUGCACCUUCCCCACCAAAAAUCCAGGAUAAAGACAAAAAUAUUGUCAGGGUUUUCUAUGGUGAAACCACUACACUAAGAUGUAACACCAAAGGGGAAUCAAUGCCGGUCAUCACAUGGAUAUCCCCUACAAAUAGAGUGAUAUUUCCUGUUUUAGACAAAUACCAGAUCCUGGAUGAUGGGACACUGGUGGUUCAAAAGGUCCAACGUUUUGAUGGAGGUAACUACACCUGUAUGGCCAGGAACAAUGCAGGACAAGAUCAUAAAGUAAUCAGGCUGGAGGUCCUGGUAACAUCUCCAGUUAUCAACGGCUUAAGUGGAACUGCCAACACUAUCAAAGUAACCGCAGUACAGGAUCAGCGGAAGUUGGUGGACUGUGUGGCAAAGGGAACCCCGACUCCCCGUAUCAUGUGGGUUCUACCAGGAAAUGUGAUCCUUCCUGCACCGUACAAUAGCAACAGAAUGACAGUUCACCAGAAUGGUACCUUGGAAAUCCGGUCACCCAAGAGGACAGACUCGGGGCAGCUGGCUUGUAUCGCUCGUAAUGAAGGAGGGGAGGUCAGGCUGGUGGUAAACUUGGAUGUGAAGGACGUUGAGAGGCAACAAAUGAGAGGACCAAAAACAGAUAGCCUGUCACUGACUGUGGGAAAUUCCAUGACUUUAAAUUGCUCUUUUGAGGGCUCACCACUACCUCAUGUCACUUGGAUCUUACCCAACGGCACACCUUUACAUAGUGGUGCUCGGUUCUCUAAGUUUUUCCACCAGCCAAACGGCUCCUUGAUCAUCAGCAACCCCUCUGUUGCUGAAGCUGGUAUGUACCGCUGUCUGGGGCGUAAUUCUCGAGGGCUUGUGGAGCAUACAAUCACAUUGUCUCCAGGGAGAAAGCCAGAGAUCAAUAACAGAUACAACUCUCCUGUCAGCGUCAUGAAUGGGGAAGGACUUUUGCUUCAUUGUCAAGCCAGUGGCGAACCUCUCAGAAUAACAUGGACACUACCUAGUGGGGUUGUCCUCAACAGGCCACAGAGAGCUGGACGAUAUGCUGUAUUGCCCAAUGGGACCCUUGCCAUCCAACAAGUAUCAGUCUAUGAUCGGGGGUCCUACGUUUGCCGAGCUGCAAACGAAUAUGGAAGCUCUCUGCUUUCUGUGUCAGUAAUUGUGAUUGCAUACCCACCUCGAAUUACCAACGGCCCUCCCCCUGUGAUUUAUGCUAAACACGGAGUUGCUGUUCAGUUGAAUUGCAUAGCAACUGGGAUCCCUAGAGUGGACAUAGCAUGGGAAACGCCUGAUAAAACCCGCUUGGCUGUCAGUGCACAGGCACGCCUUUUUGGAAAUAAGUACCUCCAUCCGCAGGGUUCCCUCAUUAUCCAAAACCCAACACAAAGAGACGCUGGCGUCUACCGAUGUACAGCCAGGAAUGCCAUUGGCAUAGACACUAAAGCUACAUUUCUCAAUGUGUUCUGAAGAAUUUCACUGUUCGUCAUAGACCAUUUCCAUACUGUAUGCCCAAGCAACUGCCAACUUGAACAUUUUUUAAUGAUCAAAUGUUUUAAAACUGCUGUCACAAUGAUAAAAUAAUGAGUUGAUUCAAACCUGCAGUGGUGCUUUGAGUGCAUCCUGUAUAGAGGCUAAAAGUUGAUGGUAUUUUGUGUAUACAUAAUGUGGAUUAUGCAUAAUCCACAUCACUGGGAAAUAUCAAUGGGAACCCCAUUUUGAGUAUUUACUUAAAAUGCUAUUUUUUGCUAAAUAAAUACUAUUCAUUUGAGGAAACUACAAUAAUGCCUUGAUUUGAGACGAUCAUAUGUUCCAGUUUGCCGGUAUUGUUUCAUUGCAUAAUGUUAAUAGUUAUUGCUCAUAGACAGAUGCUUUUGUUGUUGCCAUGUUUUCAUUAUUUUUGGUUACCUUUCAGUUGUGUUUUGCAGUUUACCUUUAGGCUUAUGACUUGUAUAGCCUGUUUGGACAGUACAACAUAUCAACUAAAUGAUUUACACACUACUAGCAACAAUUAAUAACUGUAAAAUGAUCAACUUAUGCAUCUCAUUCCACAAGGUAAUGGCACAGGCAUGAACAGUUGUAGUUACCUGAUAUAUGCAGGCCCAACCCCAAUUUUGGCCAAAUAUAAAUAAAAUAUAUGGGCAAAUUUCUAAAAUAAUUAUUUCAAAUCACUCAGGGAGGUGGGGCACACCAUACUAGGAAAAAAAAUGCCAACCAUUCGUAAUGGCUAUUGCUCUUCUAUGCCAUUGCCUUGUGGAAUCCUGUGACUACUAUAAAAUGUACUUAAAGGGCAUACAUUGCCAAAUAAAUUGAGAUAGAAAGUAUUUAGACAGUCCUUACUUUCACAGAAGGUUUUUUUUAAUUCUUUACUUUAAUAAGGUAAAUUGUAGUUCUUUAAUUGUAUCAUGUUGCUGGAGCAUGACUGAUUAGCAAAAUGCUAUCAAUCAGAGUUCUUAUGUGAAUGUAUCAUCUAAAUUUGGACAGUGUGUUCAAAAAUCAUGGCCGUUGGUCACAUAUGCCACGCACAUUUGUCAACCAGUUACUAUAUGGGAAAAAUAUAACAAAACAAAAACAAAAAAAUACUUUUGGGGUGCUGUUAUCGAAGUUGUAGCUUUACGUCAGAUUAAAUGGAAGUAGUUUUUUAAAUAUUCAGGACCAAAACCAUAAUUGGAGGAGGUAUCACACGCUCUCUGUAAAGGAAAAUCUGACAAUCUAAGUUUAUUUUACAUUUCAUGUUUGGGACUACAAAGCAAGUGGUUAAGCAACAGCAUACAAAAUUACAUCAAACUCUGCCCAUAAGUGCCACUCCAGGUAUUAACAGUAAAGCAAGUGAUUUGACUGAUCCUGAUCAGUAAGCAAAGACUCUGUAGCAUUCUCAGCUGUACAUGUAUGUUACUUCUGACAAUGACAGAUUAUGUCAAGCUGUAAAGAACUGCAUAACUUCUCAUCAUGAAAUAUUGUUUAACUUAAUUACAGAAUUCAUUGAAAAUAUGUAAUAUGUUGCUAACAUUUUUUGAGAGGUGAUUUUUGUUUUUUAUUUCGAAUUUGAUACACCAUCGGUAUCCUUUGCCUUUCAUAAAUAUCCAUCUUAAGUAUUUUCUGUGUGUUUCCAUAACUCAAGUCAUAUAUUUCAAUAACUGUUUACCAUCUUAGACUCAUGCUUCUGAAAAGUGCUGAUGCAGGUUCUAUGUCCUCAUUUGUAAAUUAUUUGUCUUUGACAGGCCGUGAUGCAUAGGAAUUUCCCCAUAUUUUAAUAAAAGAUUUCCCACUUGUUUCAA